UGUCACUUGUGCAGAGUUGCCUGAGCAAAAGAGGCGCAACGUUUGGCAAAGCAGAAUGGAUUAUCUAGGCCUGCUGCCAGAAGAGGUCUGGGUCCAGGUUGCAAGUGCGCUAAAGCGCGGCGCCGACCGGAGCGCGUUUGCUCAGUCGUGCCGGGCGUUCGCAGAAUUUGAAAAGCUAUCGCGGGAGAAGGUUUCCGUCACCUCUUGGGCGCAAGCUUCAGGACCGAUUUGCUUGGGUACCUUCUCUAACAAGCUGACGUCAUAUCUGUCACAGUUCCCUUGCAUGCAAAGCUUGCGCCUUGUCGGGCCCAACAGCGAUCCUGAGGAUGUCGAGAAGUUUGCAGCAGGGUUUGGCCGGUACGUGCUUCCGCACCAGGUGACUCGGGAGACGCUCGUAAGCUACGAGCCAGCAAUGGCGGUCACGCACUAUCUGGGGCCCGCAGAACGGGUGCUAUCGUUCGGGGCCCUGUCUGCGACGAUUCGGACAGAGCAGCUGUAUCCUCCUGCUCUGUAUCCUCUGAGUAUUGAUGACCACAUUCUGGAGGGCUUGAUGGGGGCUUGUUCGAGAGUCAAGCAUCUGGAGGUCCGGUACGAUGAUGGUAUUUCUGGGGAGGGCCUUGGUUGUCUGGCAGGAGUGAGGGGGCUGCGGAGUCUGCAUCUGGUUGAGUGCUCCGCGGUCAAAGACUACACUCCAUUGAAGCGCCUAUUGCAGCUGGAGUCCCUAUGCAUUCAGGGGCUUGGCCCAAGCACAAGCACAAGCCUAACCGACUCCGCAGUCGAGCAGAUUGCUGCCAAUUGCACCACACUCCGAACGCUAGAGCUCAUCUCUCACACAAGCCUCACGAACGCUGCGCUUAUCGCCAUAGGACAGUUCUGCCGUAACCUCUCCACGUUCAAACUGCACCCGUGCCGGGCUGGGCCUAUCGACAGCCAAGGUGUGGCUGCGCUAGCAUCCCUGACCAAUCUGCAAACCCUCCAGUUAACCAACCUGGUUAACGAGAUUGACCCAGCCUUCCAACCCAUAUCUCAGCAGUGUUCGGGGUUAACCUCUUUGAGAAUAACGGACUGCCCUCGCUUCAGUCGGUGGGCCCUCAGGAGGCUCGCAUUCCACUGUGGAAAGUUGACCAAGCUCGACGUGUCGCGGUGCAAGAAACUGGCGAUGUAUGAGGCGCUCGUGGAUCUCAAGUUGUGCACAAAUCUGGAGGAUCUCACGCUGGACCACUGCAUCAUCGAGUCGCAGCCGGAGCUGUUCAAAAGCUUAGGGGAGAACCUCGGCAAGCUACGGCGCUUGUUUGCCCGUGGUUGCACCGGGAUGGAUGAAGCUUCCUUAGGAUACGUGUUGCUCGGGUGCCGACGCUUGGACACGAUGGUUCUUACCCACUGCAGGCUUUUGCAAAGUUUGAAGUGGGCUCGUUUACCUGAUCUGGCCUCGUUGAAGACGCUAGAUUUGACAAACUGUCGAUUGAAUUGGGACGAGCCCUUCUCGGUAGCUCUGGCAAAGUGCACUGGUUUGACAGAUCUGAGCUUGGCAUUCUGCGCACAGUGUAUAGUGAGUCCCGACGCAUUCGAAGCUCUCUUUGUUCAUUACCCAGGUCUGAAAAAGCUGAGUCUUGCUAGAAACUCGGGUUGGGUGAGGGACUGGACUUUAGAAAGCACUUUCAAACUCUCUCCGAAUUUGGUAGAGCUUAACAUCCACGGCUGCUAUCUGGUGACCGACUCUGGGCUCCAAAGUCUUCUGAGCCUGAGAUCGUUGAACAGCCUGAUCAUCUCGGAAUGCAAGGCUAUCACGGAAGAUGGUCUUGUCCGGUUUGCGAAGGGAAACCCGGCCUUAGAGUCCCUUUGGUGCGACGGUGUAGCUCAGGGUAGCUUACUCGAUCAAAAGACAGUGUGUCGGAUAUUGAGAGGUUGUCAACGGCUCAAAAAGCUUGCAGUCAAGAGCUUGAAGCCAACGGAGUUUAUCUGGGAGAAGGGCAAAAUCUUGCGCUUCUCGGAAGUUCGCUGAUUGUUGCUAACCUACGAGAGUCGAUUGGUACAGUACACUCGAUCAAUUAAGAUUUACCAUUCAUUCGCCUUCUCAGACUGAUUCGAAUAUGUAAGCGGCCACUGUGGUUUACAAUGAUGUUCGGAG